UCUCUCUUCAGGAUUCCAACCCCCUUCAAUCCAACAUCAUCAAAAUAAUCUACUUCACCUUCUCCUCCUAAGGCUUGAUUCCUGAAGAUUUCCACCCAGAUUCAAGCCAUGCAGCCUAGUGAGGUUACAGGACUCCAUUAUCUAGUUCCCUCAAACACAUCCCCAUAUUCAGCUUAUUUUAGCAUGACUCAGAAUAACUCGCCCACAUUUCAAUUUAACAGAUUCACCAAUCCGCAAAAUUUCCAGAUUUUUCCUCAGGUUCAAGAAUUCAGUCUACAAUCAUCAAGCCUAAGCAACAACUCAACUUCUGAUGAAGCAGAUGAGCAACAGCUCUCCCUUAUCAACGAGAGAAAACAAAGAAGGAUGAUAUCUAAUAGAGAAUCCGCUCGCCGGUCACGCAUGCGGAAGCAGAAACACCUAGAUGAACUCUGGUCACAAGUGGUUUGGCUCCGAAAUGAGAAUCACCAGCUCAUAGAUAAGCUGAACCAUGUCUCAGAGUGUCAUGACAGGGUUCUUCAAGAAAACGCUAAACUCAAAGAAGAAGCCUCAGAACUACAGCAAAUGCUUAGUGACAUGCAAUUGAAUAGCCCUUAUGCUACUUUGAGGGACCUGGAAGACAUCCCCUGUAAUACAGCUUAUCUCAGAGCCGAGUCCUCAAACCAGUCUAUCACUAGUUCUACAGAUUUGCUAGGCUAAGUUGGAGGCAACACUUCACUUUUAACCUUUUUCCUAUUUUGUUUCUGUUUGUGUGGAAGUCGAUCUGUGCUAGGCUCCUAGCCUGAGUUUUAGGGUCCGAGAUUUGGGCAAGAGCGGAAUAACCUGUUUUGAGCAUAUUAUUUAAAUCACUGCUCAAUUAUUAUGUCACAUAUUGAUAUUUAGAUGCUAUAUAUUAAUUAGCAAUUGCUUAAAA